GCAGUAGGCUCGUGCCACACCAAUCUGUCCUGCAGAGAGAUUCCGUCCUGCAGAUAGAUUCCAUCCUGCCUCAGGUGAUAUAUGCUUCCUCUGACGACACCAUCAAACUCUGGGCCUUCGAGUCCCGCCUGCUCCUCGCCUCGUUCAAUAUUCUGUGUAUCUACCACGUUAACCUCUCACCUGACUCGCGCCAGCUAGUUUACAUGCAUGGGUCGGAUGUCCGGAUAUUCCAGGAUCGAAAUAUUCUGAGAUGAUCGCCGUACUGAUCGCAGGUCCAAACCCCGUCCUCAAACGCCGGUAAUCCGAUAAACGAGACCUCCUCAACGAUCGAACCCCCAUUCCCCUCACAAGCUCCCCCAUCAGACGACGUACAUGCCUUACCUAAACUCCUCUAUCGAUCCAACCAGCCUUGGUUUCCUCGCUAUUCUCCUCGGAGGUAGCAGAGCACACUGCCUUCAAGUUCAAUCCUUCCCUGAAGAGGUCGAUAGAGACUGGGAUGGUCUAGGCAUCCUUCAAUCCAGAAGCAACAUCGAGAGACUUAUCGUCAAUGACAAGCUUCGCGCAAGUCUCUGUUCCCUCCUUCAUAUAGUGAACGAAGAAGCCCCGGGAGAUUCCUGGACGGUGAUUACUCCCUGCUGCCUUCCAUUCGUAUACGCUAAUUACCCACAGGAUCUCGUUGAUAACGAUGUGGAAAAAGACACCUGGGAUGUUAUACGCUUCUCUGGUCGCGCCGCGGAUGGUUCUAAACGUACUAUCAAACUCUGGAGUCUGGAUCACAUCCUUCAGGCGUUAAACGAUCCUGCCCCACAUCUCAUCAAGGUUGCUUCGUUCCGAAAUGUGCCUUGCUGUCCUCGUUUCCAUUCGAGAUUGGGAUGGACAGCCCUGGUUCAUCAAUCUCGGCGUGUAGCAGGGGGUUUAUCCAUAUUACAAGAUCGAGAUAUCCUCCUGUUGAAGGACCCAUCGACAACGACAAAGUCUCUUCGGUAUGCAGUCUUGGGAGUCACCUGCGAUUUGCUCCUCACAUCGGUCCUGCUGUUUCAUACCUCCUCUCACCGAUUUCUCGACCCCCCACGUAGUCGACUUCUAGUGAAGUGGCUUGGUCAAGACCUUCUCCUUAAUCCCGACGCUCUAGACGAAGCAAUCAAAUCUAUCUAUAAGUCGGAGACGUAUUAUCUUACUCUUCGUGAAAAUUUGGAGAAUGAGAUGCGUCGGUUAAUUUGUCUCGGCGCAGGUGUCUCGCAAAAGUCGGAUUCCGAGACCGAUGACGAAACCUCUAUGCAGAUAUCGGGAACAUUGUUGGUUCUGGGUGAACAUAAUGACAUACAAGGACCCUACAACCGAUUCCUAUUCGAAGCCCCUCCUACUUUCAUCCAAUCGAAUGACAACACUCCCCUUAUUCCCGUUGUCACCAACCCACCGGACCUAGGUUCCGGAGAAUUCGAGUUUACUUCCGAGGAGCUGACGAAUCCCAGCCCCUUCUCUUCGAAUUCACAAUCAUACUUCACGCAUAUUAGGACAAAAGGCGGUACUGAAUGGACAAAUGCCUUCGUCAAAGUGUCAUCGGCGGCUUCUAUAAAAUGGGAGCGCAAGAUGCUGCCUGUAAUAAGCACUCGUAUCUCCCCUGGCAUGCUUCCAAAUCUCUUGGCAUACAAUGCCGAUCUCAAUUCACUUGUUAUGACCAGACUUCCUGGGAAACCCUUGAAUGACUUCCGUCUUGAAUAUGCGAGGACGAGGAAUUGUGAAGAUUUAACUUUCAGGUCUUCGCGAGAUGCCCUUCGCUGGUUUGUGGAUAUAGAGAUUCGUCGUGCGUAUGAAUAUGGCUUGCUGUACUCAGCCGGCAAGGAGUUGGCCGACGCUCCAGAAGGACUAGACUCUCCAAUACACAAGUUCUAUUACGACCGUCUUCACAAUGAUGUCAGAUUCACUAAACAUUACUACCCAACCACCCCCGGGUUCAGCGGAGACAACGCAGUACAGUUUGAUGAUUUCAUCGCUCUUCCUUGGAAAAUCGAUGGCGUGGAGUAUCCCCCACUUCAGGAGUCCUUCAGGAAGGCAGAACGGAUUCUCGAUCCUCAUGGUCAAGUUUUACCAAAACUGUGGGCCUGUUUGGGACUAGGAGAUGGUCACGGAGGAAACGUGAUGAUUUCGCCGAAGAAACAGGAUCCAGCGAUUUAUUUCAUAGAUUACGAAGCUGCCGGGCAUCAUAGUCCUUUCUUAGAUAUCGCGAAACCGCUUUACCUCGACGGGUUCUUCCCCAUUAUGUAUCACGAUAUCACUUCCACAUCCUCCGACCCCACUUCUGAACGCGCUCCGGUUUCGUGGAGGAUUGAUGACGGCAAGGUUUGCAUCGACUUGGAUGCACCGCUGAGUGAUCUGGACAAAGUCAUAUGUUUCAUGAAGUUGGAAUAUACCCUUAAACCGCUUCUCGAGUACACUGCCUGGAAUUUGGAAGAGCAGAUGGAGUCUGCCGGUAACGUUUUGUCAGCCGCUCUGUUAUGCUGCGCGCUCUUGACGAGAGACUUCUCCCGGCACCCCGAUUCGUUCUUCUUGAACUGUGCUGUUGGUAUCUUGCUGUAUAACGACCUAAAAGGCUCACUUAAACGGUUCUGUGGGUGGGAUAAUUGGCCUUGCGUCGUGGAGACAUCUAUCAAUGACAAAGAACUAGCAUCAUUCGGUGGUGGAGGCUUCUCUCUCACACCCGAGCAGUUCGAUACUCAGCUCUUCAGCAUUUUAUUCAAUAAAGUCGACCUUGAACCGGAUUCGGUAUUCCUUAAACGGUUAGAUGACACGCUGCGUUUGCAUAAGAAGUUCUCGAAGGAUUCCAACGAGUCCCCGGCUGUUGUCGUUCGAAGAAUAGGUGAUGCGCGGAGAACGGGAAUUAGGGUUGCCCCACAUACUUGUAUCCGUGAAAGCAUCUUUGCGGAGCCCAGAAUUGAUCAUCACUUUCAGUAUCAGGAGGUGCAGGAGACCCGCCGCUCACGUCCAUACAGAAUGACUUUGGUUGAUCUUGGAUGUUGUAUGGGAACUGAUCUAAGGAAGUUGGUCGUGGAUGGUUUCCCAGUACUGGACAUCAUGGGGCUCGAUAUUGAGAACCGAUUCUUUGACAUCGGGCAUCUCAUGUACAACGAAGGGGACACACCUUCCAUCAAGUUUAAGCAGACCGAUGCCCUUGAUCCUCUAUUCUGUGAACGCAACGCCAGUUUGGAAAGCAAGUUCGAUUUUGUGCACUCAGCAAAUGUCGUACAUCUCUUCCAGACUGAGGGGCAACUAGCAUUCAUACGGUCAAUGGCCUUUCUAGCUAAACCUGGUGGACUUAUGUGGGGUCGUCAAGUCGGGUUGGCUAAUGGACCAGAUGGUGCGAAGUACAAGCACGAAGAAGGAAAGGGUACUCGGUUCACAGCUGGCGAGUUUAAGGAGCUCAUCUUGGAUGCUACGGGAUGGCGUGAAGAGGAUAUCACAUAUCGCUCUGAGUUGGUCGCGUACAGCGAGCUACGAAUGGCGAAGCCUGACAAGAAUUGGGUGCUACAGUGGUCAAUGAGGGUGCCCUUCGAUAAAACGCCGGGAGCUCGUCGAAUUACUGAGUUGGUUGAAUAAAUAAUCGGACGAGAUCAUUAAA